AUGGCCCAGCAGGUGAGAGACAUUGACAGCAGCUCCCUCAGCAACACAGAAGAACAGAACUGCAGCCGUGUUAUUAUGAUCGUUUUCCUGGCGCUCUUCAUUGACUUGCUGGGAUUCGCUCUCAUCUUGCCACUCUUCCCUUCCAUCCUUGAUUAUUACAGCCAGACUGAGGAUGGAUUCUAUUUGUCCUUGCAACGUGGUGUGGACUGGUUUGCAGCAAUGGUUGGGGUGCCUCCAGAGAGGAAAUACAACAGUGUCUUGUUUGGAGGUCUGAUUGGCUCAAUCUUUUCCAUCCUCCAGUUUUUCUCCUCUCCCCUCACUGGUGCUGUGUCAGACCACUUGGGCAGAAGGCCUGUCAUCUUGAUGACAGUGGUGGGUUUGAUAACAUCAUAUGCACUGUGGGCUGUCUCUAGGACCUUUGGUGUUUUCCUCCUCUCCAGGAUUGUGGGUGGAAUAAGCAAAGGGAAUGUCAGCCUCUCCACAGCUAUAAUUGCUGACCUGCACUCUGCAAAAGCACGGAGCAAGGGCAUGGCAAUGAUUGGUGUGGCUUUCUCCCUUGGCUUCACCCUGGGUCCCAUGAUUGGAGCUUACCUAGCCAUGGGGGCAGAGAAAGGAGAGGUCUUCUACCUUCGUUCAGCGUUGUUAGCGCUCGUGUUUGCUGUGGCAGACUUGAUUUUCAUCUUCUUCCUCCUUCCAGAGACCCUUCCCAAAGAAAAGCGGGUCUCUUCUGUGACAUCUGGGUUUCAGGCAGCAGUUGACUUGCUCAGUCCUUUGGCUUUAUUUCGGUUCUCUGCUGUCACCCGAGGAGAAGAAUCCCCCUCAGAGCAGAAUCUUCAGAAUCUCAAAGUUUUGGGCCUGGUUUAUUUCCUGUACCUCUUCCUCUUUUCCGGCUUGGAGUAUACCCUGAGUUUUCUGACUCACCAGAGGUUACACUUCAGCAGCAUGCAGCAAGGCAAGAUGUUUUUCUUUAUUGGAAUAACAAUGGCUGUGAUCCAGGGAGGCUAUGCUCGGCGAAUCAAGCCAGGAAAUGAAAUCAGAACUGUAAAAAGGGCCAUUGUGUUGCUGAUUCCAGCUUUCUUCUUAAUUGGAUGGGCUGCAAAUGUGACCAUGCUGAGUGCUGGGCUGCUGCUGUACUCCUUCGCUGCAGCUGUUGUGAUCCCCUGUUUGUCAGCAGUGGUGUCAGGCUAUGGCUCUGCCAGCCAGAAGGGACGUGUGAUGGGGAUCCUGCGCAGCCUGGGUGCCCUGGCCAGAGCCCUGGGGCCUGUCUUGUCAGCUACAGUUUACUGGCUGGCAGGUGCAGAGGUUUGCUUCACUCUCUGUGGCACUUUGUUCCUCAUCCCCUUGGUUUUGCUUCGCUCUCUAAAGCAGCCAACAAAGGAGGAGUAG